CCCGUUCCCGUUCAGAAUACGAAAUUUCAGGUGCUAAACAUUUAACACAUAAUUGUGUAGUCUUGUUCGAAAUUUUAGCGACAAAAUUAACAACAUCUUACUUUGCUCAAAUUCGGCCCAAUGGAGAAAAAUCAAAAGUGUGAAGAGACCGUUGGACAAUCCUUGUCGAGCAGCAGUCGUCGCGUUAUGUGGAAGCAAAAUGAUGAGGAGGAAACAUAUGACUCUCUGGUCAAUUGCAGGCGUUCCCCGGUUCCCGGUUUAUGUGUAACAGUACAGCCCAAAACCAGUUCCAACUCCUCCGCUCAGCAUGAGGAGGUAUCUACUAGCUUUCCAAAACGCUCGGCCAAUGAGAAUUGGUUGCAUAUUAUGAAGGAGAUGCGUAGAAAGAUGGCCACACAGGGAAAUGUGGCUAUGUCCAGCCCACAGACUUCAGCAACUUCCCUGCCGGAAGACCGUGUAGCCACCUACUGGCAGCAUUUGUUCGGCAACAUCAUUGAAAAGCAGUUAGACAAUAGUAAGGACCAAGAGGGUCACUCUUCGCUCGACAAACCCAAUUUGGGGUUGCGUUAUAAACCUUCCCACGAGUCAUUGCAACGGUGUGCAGAUCAUCAGGCAGGUUCCAAACAAAUGAUGACAGACUUUAAAAUGGAGUCCUGCAGCUUGCCGCCGCAACAGUCUUGCGUGGUGCGUGAGGUAGCACCAAAAUUUGCCCAGCGCAUGCCUACAUCAGUACAGAAUGACACGGAUUCUUGUUGCUCCGGCGACUUGGAGGGCCCGAAAAAUAGUCCUGUCGUUAAGUUGUCCAAUGCCAGCAAUUCGGUCUCUCAUAGCCAUCCAGCUCAACAGCAGCAGCAACGUUUCAGAACCGAAGUGAUCAGUGUCCAUGUAUCCAGCCCAAGUUGUGACUCUUCCGUGGCUAAUAGGCGUACAAUCCAAUUCGGAUCCAAGCGUCGCUCUAAUUCCAAGGUGACUACAACUGGUAACGCAACCAGCUCCACUUCCUCAACGCCAGCUUUAUGCAAUAAGCCAUCGACUGGUGCCAGUCAAGCCCUCAAUGGAAACACUGGCUUCCCAACAUUCCGCCAACGGCAGCAGGAACUGCAUCGCUAUCGUCUUCAGAUCGAGCAGCGGCGGCUCGAUCUACUUGAACUGAAGAUAGCACGCGAACGUGAAGAUGCCAUCCAUAAUGAGAUACUCUUCCACAAAGACCUACAAAUCAAAGAGAAUCAGAUCAAGGCAUAUGAAGACAACGACUGCUCCAAUGCAUAGAACGACGACAAGGCAUUUACAAAAUUAUAUCGACGGUACAAAAUUUUCAAUAUAAAUAUACAGGAUGACAGGUCAUUUAUCUCUUAAGUCCAGAUACAAAAUAUAUAUACAAUAUAGAAUGCAGAUAAAAAAUGCAAUAAAUUGAAAACAUAUACAAACGAUUUGGUUUUAAUUUUUAAUUGGUAUUUUCAUCAAAUGUAAAUAAUGUCGAUAAAAUCUUGAAUUUCUCAACUAAA